AUGGGUCUCCCGACGCUGGAGUUCAGCGACUCGUUCGUAGACAGCCCCGAGUUCCGAGAUAGGCUUCAAUGCCACGAGAUCGAGCUGGAAAGAACCAAUAGAUUUAUCAAAGAUCUCAUCAAGGAUGGAAGCAUGCUCAUAUCGGCACUCAGCAGCCUUUCGCAGGCGGUGCAGCGUUUCUCUCAGUCGCUGCAGGAGUUCCAAUUCGAGUGCAUCGGAGACGCCGAGACAGACGAUGAGAUUAACAUCGCUCAGUCUCUGAAGGAGUUCUCUCAGCUGCUGAGCACCAUGGAGGAGGAGCGAAAGCGUUUGAUCCAAAACGCUGACGACGUACUAAUCUCGCCCCUGGAGAGGUUUCGCAAGGAGCAGAUCGGUGCGGUAAAGGAGGGCAAGAAGCAGUUUGACAAGGAGACGGAACGUUACUACUCCGUGUUGGAGAAACACCUCAGCCUGUCCUCCAAGAAGAAGGAGUCGCAGCUUCAUGAGGCUGACUCGCAGAUGAGCAAAGACCGGCAGGUGUUCAACGACGCCUCGCUGCAAUACGUCUUCAAGAUCCAGGAGGUGCAGGAGAGGAAGAAGUUUGAGUUUGUAGAGCCGCUGCUGGCCUUCCUGCAAGGCUUGCUGACGUUCUACCACGAAGGCUACGAGCUGGCCAGCGAGUUUGAGCCUUACAAACAGCAACUGCAGUUCAACUUGCAGAAUGCCCGCAACAACUUUGAAAGCACUCGGGCCGAAGUGGAGCGGCUGAUGAAGAGGAUCCGCUCGGCCGAGGAGGACUUCAAAGCUCCCGGUUGCUUCACCAUGGAGGGUUACCUGUACAUACAGGAGAAACGUCCGCUGGGUAGCGUGUGGACCAGAUACUACUGUACAUAUGAGAAGAGCUCCAAGAUGUUCACCAUGAGCAAUACCGAGGCCCGGCCGGCCAGCCGACAGAACGGCGCGGUGAACGGGACGCCGGAGAUGUUCAGGCUUCGUUCGUGCGUGCGGAGGAAGACGGACUCCAUCGACAAGCGCUUCUGCUUCGACAUCGAAGUGGCCGAGAGACACGGCGUCAUCACUCUGCAAGCGCUCUCAGAGGCCAAUCGGCGACUUUGGAUGGAGGCCAUGGAUGGCAAGGAACCAAUCUACACUCUGCCGUCUCUGCUCAGCAAGAAGGAAGAGACGUUCCUCAACGAGACCGGCUUCAGCUUUGUAAGGAACUGCAUCGCGCUAGUGGAAACCAGAGGCCUCAACAGUCUGGGCCUGUACCGGACCGGGGGCGUCAACUCCAAAGUCCAGCGGCUGAUGACGAGCGUGUUUGCCUCCACUUCUGCUUCGGGCGCUCAGCUAGACGCAGACGCUUGGGACAACAAGACCAUCACCAGCGGAUUGAAGAAUUAUUUCAGGUGCUUAGCAGAACCUGUGCUGACCUACAGACUGCACAAGGAAUUCAUCAAGGCUGCAAAAUACGAUGAUCAGAACCAUCGCGUGAGGGCCAUCCACGCGUUGGUCCACAAGCUACCUGAGAAGAACCGAACCAUGCUAGACCUCCUGACCAAUCACCUCCUCAAGGUGUCGUCACACUGCGCCCAGAACAUGAUGACGGUGUCCAACCUGGGCAUGAUCUUUGGUCCGACACUGAUGCGGUCGCAGGAGGAGACGGUGGCCGCCAUGAUGAACAUCAAGUUCCAGAAUAUUGUGGUGGAGAUUAUCAUUGAGAACCACGACAAGAUAUUCAACGAGGCUCCCGACCUGUCGCUACCGUUGCCCCCAGCGCCAUCCUCUCGGGCGACCCCUCGAAGGAGCAAGGCCAUCUGUCUGUCGUCGGGGAAGAGAAAGGCCCGCCUCUACCCGCCCACUCUCUGCUUGGCGGACAACGACAGCGACACUUUCAGCAGCAGCAGCCCCGGCACUACCCCGAUGGGCAGCCAGGAGUCGCUGUCCUCACACUCCUCAGAGAAGAACGGGGCGUCGCAGACGUCGCCUCCUGCCGAGCCCAACUCCUCCACUCAACUCCAUCCGCCUCCUUCCUGUUCCUCCAAUGGAGACGAUAGAAAAUGGCCGACAGAAAAGGAGACACCGCCCGUGGCGUUAUCCGCGUCGUCGUCCGUGGCGUCUCUGCGCUCCGCGGCCGAGCGGACGGACUCCACCAUCUCCCUGUCCUCCGCUAAGGAGUCCAAAUCCUCCUCAUCCACCGUGCAGCUUUCCUCCUCGGGGUCUCCGGCCCGGCAGGUUCGCUCUGUCCCCAGGGCAUCGUCUGUCUCGUCGCUGAAAAGCACCCAAGAAAAGACGAAGGACUCUUCGCCACCUCAGCUUCACAGGACGGCAGCGUAUAGGAGGGCAUCUUCAUCCUCGUCCUCCUCCUCGUCCUUGUUCCCUUACCCGCUUUCCACAUCGUCCUCACUCACCUCCUUGCACAUCUCGGAAGACUACCGAAGCUGUCACGGCUCAGUGCAGAGUUUAGCGUCACUAGAUCCGCGAGAGGCCGCACGAAUGCGGAAAGCGCCUCACCUACGACGAGACUUAGACGUCUUGACGCCAAAGUCCAUGUCCACCAAUGGCUACCAGAGGCCAGGAUCAGUGUUAUCCACCCGGGCACAAAAACAACAACGGGAAAGCUCUGUGUUCUCCUCAGCUUUGGACAUUUGUGCUCCCGGAAGGGAUGCAAAAGCUCUGUACUCCUGUGAGGCCGAACACAGCCACGAGCUCAGCUUCCCACAGGGGGCGCUCUUUUCAAACGUGCACCCAUCGGUGGAACCGGGCUGGCUCCAGGCAACCUACCAGGGCAGGACGGGCCUCAUCCCCGAGAACUACAUCGUGUACACCUGAACGUCUGUGAUGUCGUCACCCCACUGCCAGACUUGAAGACAUCCAUAAAGCAUAUACUGUUUAUAUUUAAACAUGUAGCUGAAAUCACUGAACAGUGCGUCUCGAAUGAUUCUCAUCCAUUUACUGUAUUCGUCUCACAGCAGUGUUUUUAUUUUUUGAUGAAUCGUAAUAAUUUAUGUGUUGCUAUUGGUCAGAUCAACAACCGUCAUUGUCCACACAUUUGGGAUAUGUGGAACUCAACUGUUGUGUUGUCUUUCUACUGCUGCCUGAUGUGCCUUUGUGUCCUAAUAAAGGACUCGUGCAUUCUCUAGUAA